AUGAAACGCCAAAAUGUUCGGACUCUAUCGCUCAUUGUUGUGACGUUUACCUAUCUACUUCUUGGUGCGGCAAUCUUUGAUCAUUUCGAAUCGGACAACGAGGUUGAAGAACAUCAACGGCUCACAGAGUCCGCGAACAAAUUACGUCACAAGUACAAUAUGUCUCAGGACGAUUUCGACCAAAUAACACAGUUAGCCAUCCAGAUGAAACCUUACAAGGCUGGAACUCAAUGGAAGUUUGCAGGAGCAUUUUAUUUUGCUACGACUGUGAUAACUACAAUAGGCUAUGGUCACAGUACACCAAAAACCGACUGGGGCAAGAUAUUCUGUAUGUGCUACGCUGUACCCGGAAUUCCACUAUGCCUGGUCAUGUUUCAGAGUAUCGGUGAGCGAAUGAACACUAGCAUGACGUGGCUUUUGCGGCAGGUGAAGAAACAACUCUCUUGCAAAUGUCGUUCCGUAUCGCAGACAAAUCUGAUGUUGGUCAGUUUCACAACGGGAACUACGGUACUGGCUAUCGGAGCAGUCGUGUUCUCUUGUUACGAAGAGUGGGAUUACUUAGAUUCUUUCUAUUAUUGCUUCAUUACUCUGACUACUAUCGGGUUCGGUGAUUUUGUCGCAUUGCAACGCAAUAACUCCUUGGCCAGACGUCCGGAUUAUGUGGCAUUCAGUCUUAUUUUUAUCCUUUUCGGUUUGACCGUGGUGAGUUCGGUGAUGAACUUGGUCGUCCUACGGUUUCUGACUAUGAAUACGGAAGAUGAACGACGUGACCAACUGGAAGCUGCGGCGCAAGCGCAAGAACUGCAGCGUCUUCGAGGAGAUGUCAUCUGGACAGAACCGGAAUAUGAAACCAGCAAUUCGACAACUGCGUAUCUACCGAAAGAACAAGCCACAAAAAUGGAUGAGUUUAAUUUUUACAUGUACCAACCAGCUUUGGCAAACAACGUUCAUCGAUUCUUCUCCGGUCUCUCAUCCUUGUUCACGCCUCAAUCCAGGUUCGUGAGGGGUGGCCAUGAGGGAUUUUUUAGAGAACCACAUGAAGUCUGGAAAUCUCGUAAUGUGAAGAGAAAGUAUGGUGUGUGUAAUCAACAACUUUCGUACACACCACUGUCUCACCAAGUCACGCACUCUCUCGUCGAUGCCGUCAAGAUUCCAUACAAUUCCAAGCAAAAGAUGAGAUCUUUCAGUGUCCCGGAAAACCACUUUCCUCUGGCGUUGCCGCUCAGGUCUACACGAUCAGUUCCUAGUUUGUUGGAGGCUUGGCCACAGAGGAAAAACUGGUACCUGCCUCCUCAUUUAGGUGCUGAGGAAAAUCCGGAAUGCGGUAGAAGCCAACAACAUAGCGGCAUGAUAAGAAUGCAUCACCCAACAACCAGAGAACAUGUUUAUCCAUGCAACACGUGUGGAAAACAUCCCGAGAGAUUUUAUUCCAGACGGCUACACAGCCAACCAAAAUAUCCCAGUGUACACUUCAAUAGAUUACACUCCACAAAUACAGUGUCCACCUCAUCGUACAAUGUGUCUUGUAACUUCAACCGUCAAAUCUCCAAUUCGAGAUGUGCUCGGACGGAAAGCAUGUUUCAUUCGAAUCCAAACCCACCUACAACCCGGUUUUGGACGCACUACCCGAUCACCGACCUGCCCAGCAUCUCUGAUAUGUACGACGAUAGGCGAGAUUCCGACUGUUCAGCAGAUCACGAUGAUACGUCCGAACCGGAAACAAACUGCGUUCUCAAUGAAUUUGGUGCUUACUCACAACCCGCUGGGCGAAAGUUUUCCUCAUCAGCUGUCCCAGACACGAUUAACACAGGCCGGGGAAUCGUUAACUACGGUUAUGACAAAGAUGAAAUUCGACGUGCUGAACUAUCGUUUUGUAGGAACCGUGUGGUUGAAAACUGCCCUUCACCGAAUCGCAGUGUGUCAUGCCCUAAACAGCUGACUUCUGAAAGAAAGCGUGCUUCGGUUUGA